GUAAGUUUCUCUUGCGCAGGCAGAGUUGAUCUGAGAGAGGAAACGUGUUUACUACUGAAACAUUUUUUACAGUAUCUUAUCCAAAGUGGAAGGUCGAAUCAUUCGAUAAUUUUGGAAAAAUGGUGAACGGUCUUUGGUCGGUAUUUAUUGCUAUCCAGUUGGUCCAUAGCAGCAAUUGUUACGUAUUUAAUCACGCCCCGCCCGUUCGGCAGUUUAAAAUAAGAGACGAUGUUGGGGAUCCAUUGAUUUUAACUCCAUAUUUGGAGCAGAAUCAGAUUGAAGAAGCUCGGCAAGCAGCGCUGGUCAAUUACGGCGGCUUUCAAGAUAUCGUAAGCUACGCAGGCUACUUUACCGUUGACAAAGCGUAUAACUCAAACCAAUGGUUUUGGUUUUUCCCAUCUGAAAAUGACUACGAAAAUGACCCAGUCCUGUUGUGGUUGCAAGGUGGCCCAGGAUCUUCCAGUUUAUUUGCAUUAUUUACCGAAAACGGACCCUUUAUCAUCGACGGAGAUUUGAAUGUCACCAUUCGGGAAAUAUACUGGUCGCAGUUUCAUUCGGUGCUUUAUAUAGAUAAUCCGGUUGGCUCCGGAUUUAGUUUUACCGAUGAGGACGGGUACGCGCAGAAUGAAACUAAAGUUGGCAGCGACUUGUACAACUCGUUGUUGCAGUUCUUUACGCUGUUUCCGGAACUUCAAAAUAACGACUUCUUCCUUACAGGGGAGUCGUAUGCGGGAAAAUACGUGCCAGCUAUCGGAUAUACCAUUCAUCAAAACAAUCCGACGGCCGAUUUGAAAAUAAACUUGAAAGGGCUGAUUAUAGGCAAUGGAUGGACCGACCCCGUCAAUCAACUGGAUUACGGCGAAUAUCUGUACCAAGUCGGAUUGUUAGAUGUUCACCAAAGAGCAAUUAUGGACGGGUACAAACAAGCAGCUCUAGAAAAUAUUUUAGUUGGUGAUUUCGCAAACGCAACCAAUUACGCAAACCGCGCAUUACUGUUUGGAAUAAGCGAACUCGCCGAAAUCGCAGACAUAUACAAUUAUCUCAAUGUCAGAGUUGAUCCGAACGAGAGAAAAUACGAGGAGUUUGUACAAACUGUUGUGCGCAAAGAAAUACAUGUCGGCGAUACAGUUUACGGCAACGGUAACGAUGUUUACGAUAACCUUUGGGAAGAUAUCCCCCAAAGUGUAGCACCUUGGCUAUCUGAACUACUGUCGCAUUACUCGGUGCUGUUGUUUAAUGGACAAACUGAUACUGUAUGUCCAUAUCCCCCGAUGGUCAACUACAUAUCCAAACUAAACUUCAGCGCAGCGGAAGAAUAUAAAACUGCUGCGCGGGAAUAUUGGGUUAUCGACGACGAAGUUGUCGGUUACAUAAAGACCGCUGGAAAUUUGACGGAGCUUUUUGUCAGAGACGCCGGGCAUUACGUACCUCGGGAUCAGCCCAAGUGGACAAUAAGCUUUGUUUCGCGAUUUGCGAGGGGUCUGCCCAUAAACGAGGAUGAAUGAAAAACUGUUUUACUGUAAAGAUCAUUCGGGAGUGUACUGAAAUAAAACUCCAUUUAUUUAUAACUCGUUAAUUUAAAAUACGAAAAACGACUGCACUUACCAACUUAAUCAAGUUAAUCUCAAAUAUGUGUUCAAAAUUUGUCUCACCGUUGGAAACUUCAGGGUGCCUCAUGCUGGUGCAACAUUACGUAGUGGUUAUUCUGGUAAUACAAUUUGCCUGGUAAAUUUUUCUACAAGCAACUUGACUCUCCAUCUGAGGUGGUGAACCAAUAUAACACAAAUAAAUUAACAAAUAACGCAAUAACUCAGCUGGUAAUGUAAACGAUACUGUUGAGUUUUUUACCGUGAUCUCUAGAUGGCGUUUUUAUAUGUUUUAUAAUUUUGCUUUAAAGACUCAAAUAUGAACGGUAUUCAACUUUUCAUUCUUAUUUCUCUAAAUUAGAACAGCAUAUGGUUUCAAUAUGAGGGUGUUCUACCUCACGAAUCCUGAGCAACACUAUCAAGGUCACUGGAUAUGGAAACCUUCGACACAUUUUUGAAUUUCAAAAUAUCAAACGUUAGUAGGGUGCUUCAGCGUUAGGAUGCAGAAAAGUGCCCUUCGGUACUUGAUAACCAACCAAAAAUUCGUAUUUCUCAUCAAUUUCGACUCUUAAGUUUAACCAACAAUAACCAAAAAUGAAGGUUCUA